UGCAUGCGCCUCGUCUCUCCCGACUUUCUUUGGCCGGCGGACUUGGCGCCGAUUUCCUCUCCUCUUCCUCUGGCUCUCUAUCAUAAAAAUGCCAAUCCUGUAAAAGAUCUGCCGGACUCUCCAAGAAUCGUCUUUUCCGACAAUGAACUAGCAAUAUGGAGAAACACAACUUCAGGACAUUGGCGCCGGCGGCCACGCAGCAUUCCCCUCCACGCAAGCCCGACUUGAAUCUAAAGCGCAAGAGAACAUCUGUAGCUUGUGAUGCCUGCCGACAGAAAAGGGCAGGCUGUGAUGGAGUCCGACCCGCUUGUACUGCUUGCCAAAAAAGGCAAUCACAGUGCACUUAUAUGAACCAAGAGGACCAAGAGAUGCGGCCCACCAUCCUAAAGCGCGAGAACACUACAUUGCGCGAAAAGAUCGCCGCCUAUGGAGAGAUCAUCUGUCUCCUUGAGAAUAUACCACAAACGACUGUACAAGAUAUUCUACGGCGCCUCAGAACAGGAUCCGACCCAGCUGUCAUACUGAGAUCUCUCAAAAGCGAGAAUUUUGCAACUACACCUUCAGCGCAACGCAUGGCGCGGAGUAUAUUGCCACCAAUCCAAUCCAACUGCGAAUUCGAACUCCUUAUCCGUCACCCAAGUGCGUUUCCUCUGGUCGAUCUAUCCCAGCAUGCUCAAGCCACUGGUAAUACAUUAGUGAGACCUAGGAGAUCUUCGACUCCACAAGCCACUCUAUCUCACUCCCCAUCAUCCACACUAUUGCCUCAUGACCCACCAAGUAGCGAUCAAGCGACUGGUCUUUUUGCCCUGGGAGAUCUUGGUGCUAGUAAAAGGUCGAGAAACAGUGCCGAGCCGAAACCGCCCCAGUAUUUCGACCCACGACUCGCUCAUUUGAAGAUUGACUUUUGGACGACCGUACCAAUCUCAAAUGAGCAGGCAGCCGGUGCCAUAUCGUUGUAUCUUGAAGCACAACACCAUGUCUGGGGCGCAUUUGACGCAGGACUGUUCGUGCGUGACCUGAUCGAGUUCAGGUUAGACUUUUGCUCGCCUUUCAUGGUAAGCUCUUUGCUUGCAAUGGCAUGUCUAUACGAUGCUCCUUUGGAUCCUAAAGGGUCGAAGAAUAGCUAUGCGUUUGAGAAGGAAGCGGUGAAACUGUUCCAGUCAGAAGACAACGUUGACUCGCUUCCAACCAUUGCUGGCCUAGUACUGCUCUACGUAUCGCUAGCAGUCCAUGGCGAAGGGAUGAGAGGCAUGCAAUUUCUGACUGCGGCUUUGCAGGCGGCCGAGCGAAUGAAAUUAUUUGGCGUCCCGGAAGUACAUGAGGAGCUUAGCUCAGCUUCGCCAGAGACGUUAGUAGCAACCAGUGCAACUGCGUGGGGUCUCUUCAAUAUGAUCAUUCAUGCAGUUCGUUUUUACCUGAUGUCACCGAUAGUCUAUCCACCGAAACUCCCGAUGCCUGCAGAGCUCAGCAUCUAUCGUGUCCCUAGGCAAGAUGCUACGCGGGAAUCAAUAGCACUGAGAGAAAAGUUGGUUGAAAUGGACAAGGUUCUCUCGAACUUUGCUAAGAUCUGGACCGUUCUCAAUCAAGUCUACUUGAUUUAUCGAGGUCAAGAGGGCAGUGGGGGCUCGUUAGCUUUCGCGCUCUCGAAGUACUCUAGAAUUCUUCAAUUAGCCAAUGAAUUACCUCAAACAAUGGACCGGAGUAGGCGCACUACAAACCAUGUAUUAAUAUUUCAGUAAGUCGAGACCGAAUCCUACUCCCUUAUUUCGCUAUGGCUACUUCAUAUUAGUAUACUAUGGUCACGUUUCAAGACACUGAUCAAAAUGAUUUAGUAUGACCAUCCACACUGCCAUAUUAGACAUAUUUCGUCCGUUCAUUGCAUCGGAACAGCAGCACAGAUUCAGAUCCUAUCUCCCACAGGGGGCUUCGCCAACCUCAAUAUUUGCGGCAUCUGUAAAACAGCUAAAAAGUCUGAUCUUCGAAUAUACGUAC